AUGCCGCCACCUAGCGCUGUUGGCAGCUAUCAACUGCCCGAUCUCUUGUCGCAUUUUCAAGACUAUCAUGAAUUGAGCAUCAACGGCCAUUGUCGUGCGGCUAGUCUUGCUUCGGAGAAAUGGGUUCUAGAUAUAGCUCAAGAAAAUCUAGGCUCGCCUGCCUUGUCCUUGGCUCCCUUCAUCGAGAGACUCCCCAACAUGAAGCUCGGUUUACUUGGGGCAUGCAGCUUCCCCAGCUGCGAUUUGACCCAACUCAUUCUCAUGAUAGAUUUUUGUACUCUCGUUGUGCUCGAUACCGAGAGCCUGCUAAGAUCAAAUUCUCCUAUCGCAUCGCAUUGGAGCCUUGGGAAUGACACGUCCAACUCCGGCUACGUUGAAAUAUUGCAAACACAUCCUGUUUUACAGCGACUUCUGACCCGGCUCUCCAGGCUCCAACAUAGUACAACCGAAUCAUGGCAGCAGCGUUUCACGUCUUCUAUAGUAGCCUUUUGGCAUUCACGGCAGAAAGCUAUAGAUUAUCGACGCGAAGGUACUGCGCUAGCGCAUCUAGAAAUAGAGGAGUACAUUGGUUUUCGACGCGACUUGAGCGGGAUACCUUUCAUACUUGACUUGCUGGAGGCUGUCGAAGGAUUGGAACUUGCUAUCUCACCGUACAAUGAUGAUUUGCGUACGCUACGACGCCUCGUGGGGGAUAUCAUCGUGCUGACCUGGGAUGUAUUUUCGUACAACAUCGACCAGUCUAUUGAUAAUAAAAUCAACAUUGUGUCACUUUUACAAUCCAAAAGAGAGAUUGCAUUGGUGCACUCUAUCAAAGAAGCGGGCGAUCUUAUUUUUCAAAGGAUCGAUGCUUUCAAAUUUCUCGAAAAGUCUUUGCUUUCAUCUAUGGGCGCUUCGCCUUCGGAUCGUGCAAGUGAUACUGAUGCAACCGCCCUGAACUCAUUAUGGAACAACUUCGCUAGUCUAUUUUCAGCAGCCCAAAAACCAAAUAACCCUGACCCGUCUGUUACCGAGUUCCAAGCGCAUGACAUAGCACUCUAUAUCCGUGCAUUGAAAGACUGCAUGGUAGGGUUCUUGCAUUGGGCGUACGAGACAGACAUAUUUUUCGGAACAAAAGGGGAUACGGUCAAAGGUUUUGGAUGGGUGUUUUUGUUACCGAACCCAAGUCGUCGCGCAGAAACGACAGCCUAG